AUGUCACUCAGUAAAAGACAAAUUCAUGAGCAGAGCUUUACAGCUAGAGCACGGCACAGAGCUAAUGGUCUAAGAAUGUACGGGUUCAUCAACACCUGCCUAAAGUCUCUAGUCAUAGAGAAAUUUGGUGAAGAAACCUGGGAAAAACUAAGGACACAAGCUGAGGUUCAGGACACCUUUAUGACCUAUGAGGUUUAUGAUGAUGACAUCACAGUCAAGUUGGUAACAGAAGCUUGUAAAAUGCUGAAUGUCUCUGCAGAAGUUGUUUUGAAACUCUUUGGGGAGUAUUUCUUCAAUUUCUGCAAGCUGUCGGGGUAUGACAGAAUGCUGAGGACGCUGGGAGGAAACCUAAUGGAAUUCAUUGAGAAUCUAGAUGCUCUCCACAGCUUCUUGUCACUUUCCUAUCAGGAAAUGAAUGCCCCCUCUUUUAGAGCAGAAAGGAGGGAGGAUGGAGAAAUGCUGCUUCACUACUAUUCUGACAGACGAGGCCUGUAUCACAUAGUGCCAGGUAUUAUAGAAGCUGUAGCAAAAGACUUUUUCAACAGUGAAGUGAACAUGACCAUCCUGAAUCAAUCCAAGGAGGAGGAGCGCACAGGGCAGAAGGAGCAUGUGGUGUUUCUGGUCACCCAAAAGAAAAACGUGCAGAAAAGAAAAGCAAAGGAAAGAGAAGGAAAAGGCAUGGAUAAACUACGGAACAAAGAGGAAACUGAGGAAGCCCUGGGAAAAAUGAAGGAAAAAUACUCAGCACUGCCCCUGUGCCCAGUGAAGAGAACACACUGGGAGAUUGUGAGGAGUAUCGUCAUGAUUGGUCAUGGCAACUUGUCAACUUCAUUCACACCGUCCUACCCAGAGACGCUGUGGAUCGAAGCUCAGGCUUUCUGCAAUGCAUUUCCCUUCCACAUCAUCUUUGACAGGGCUCUCAAAGUUAAGCAGGCAGGUGUCAACAUCCAGAAAUUUGUGCCAGGAUUACAGACCUUUGACAUCCAGUUAGACGAAUACUUCAGCAUCGUUCACCCUGAGGUGACCUUCACAAUCGAGAGCAUCAGGAAGUUCAUCAACAGUCAGUUUGUCUUGAAGACACGGAGGGAAAUGAUGCCUGAGUCUUGGAAGAAUCAGCCGAUGCUUAAACUCAGAGGUCAGAUGAUGUGGAUGGAGUCGAAAGGCUGCAUGAUGUACCUGUGCUCCCCGAAGCUGCGCAGUCUGCAGGAGCUGGAGGACAGGAAGAUGCACAUCGCCGACAUUGCCCAGCACGACACCACUCGAGACCUCAUCCUGCUGAACCAGCAGCGGCUGGCCGAGAUUGAGCUCUCCAACCAGCUGGAGCGCAAGAAGGAGGAGCUGCGCAUCCUCUCCAAGAACCUGGAGGUGGAGAAGAAGAAGACAGAGACGCUGCUCUACGCCAUGCUGCCCCGACACGUCGCCAACAAGCUCAAGGAGGGCAAGAAGGUGGAAGCAGGAGAGUUCGAAGUGUGUACCAUACUAUUCAGUGAUGUUGUGACAUUUACCAACAUAUGUGCAGCUUGUGAGCCCAUACAAAUCGUUAACAUGCUCAACUCCAUGUACUCUAAAUUUGACCGACUGACUAAUGUCCAUGAUGUCUAUAAGGUGGAAACCAUUGGAGAUGCCUACAUGGUGGUUGGUGGAGUCCCAAUUCCAACAGAAACUCACGCUGAAUCUGUGGCAAACUUUUCUCUGGGCAUGAGGAUUGCUGCAAGAGAAGUGACAAACCCAGUCACUGGAGACUCCAUCCAGAUUAGGGUUGGUAUUCACACUGGGCCAGUACUGGCGGGAGUGGUUGGAGAGAAGAUGCCCAGGUACUGCUUGUUUGGAGACACUGUCAACACAGCUUCCAGAAUGGAAAGCCAUGGUCUACCAAACAAAAUCCACCUCAGCCCCACCGCUUACAGUGCCCUUAAAAACAAAGGCUUUGAGAUUGGUGAAAGAGGUGAAAUUGAGGUGAAAGGCAAGGGGAAAAUGACCACAUACUUUCUCGUCCAAAACUUAAAAGCCACUGAGGAUGACAUAAUGGGCCGGGCAGUGGAGGACCCCUCCCAGCUGCAUCAAGAGAACCAGGACGACAAUUGUGAUCCAAUGAACCCCAGCAGAAAAAGCAGUAAAGGGGAUUUACUGGCAGAUGAAACAGACCAGGAAGUAGAGCUGUCAAAUGUAGAUGUCUUUGGCACUGAUGCUGUAAACACCAAAUUCUGUAUUUUGCUUUAA